AUGGCGACAGGAUCCGAAUCGCAGGCCGCCGCCGCCGAGCAACCCGGCGCUGCUGAGCAGAGCCGCCAGGGCCGAUUUCCCGGUGGACCCUCUUCCCUAUGGGAUACAAAGAUGCCGCAUAUCAAUGGAGCACUAAACGAGUACUCGGUCGAGCGCGUCGGAGAAGAUGUCAAGGAGAAUCUUGUGAUGCUUCACGGCUACGGCGCCGGCCUGGGUUUCUGGUAUAAGAAUUAUGAGCCUCUAACAAGGAUACCCGGAUGGAAACUGUAUUCGCUCGAUAUGCUAGGCAUGGGUAACUCGAUUCGUGCCACCGAUCCGAAGGAGAAGAUCGUGGAGGCGGAGGCUUGGUUCAUCGACGCUCUUGAAGAGUGGAGGAUAGAGCGAAAGAUUGAAAAGUUCACCCUCUUGGGACAUUCCCUGGGCGGCUACCUUGCAGUCUCAUACGCGCUGAAAUACCCUGGACACUUAAAGAAAUUGAUCUUGGCGUCGCCGGCCGGGUUUCCGGAGAACCCAUAUGCGGUCAACGACAAACUACCCGAGCCUGACGAGUCGACCAUGCCUUCAGAGUUCAUCGAAGACCAAGAAACCACUACCCAGGGUCACGGUGCCGACAAGGCAGCCAAGAGGCUCUCCACAGCCUCGCAGUCAUCACAGCCCAACGUUCCCAUCCGGAAACUCCCCCAUGGCUUGUAUGGCUCUGGGACGCAAAUUUCUCUCCCUUCAGCCUCGGUUGGCCGCCAAACAAUCUCGCAAACCGAGACGGAAACCCUACGCGAGACGGGUAUCCCCGUCAUCAUGCUCUACGGCGAGAACGACUGGAUGGACGUGGCUGGCGGCCUGGCUGCAGAACAAAAGCUGAUCGAAGCCAAGCGAAAGGCUCUCAUCCAUAACACGGAAGAGGAGAAGAAAAAGGAGAACGGACGCGCGAGCGUGGUCGUGAUCACCAAGGCGGGUCACCACCUCUACCUCGAUAACCCCGAAGAGUUUAAUGAUUUUAUGCGGAAGGAAAUGGAGGAGACUAUGGCGGCGUCGUGA